AUGAUGACGGCGUUUGAGUCUCACGCGCUUCCUCUCUUACUCUUACUCUUACUAAGUCCGAUCAAUGCCUCCAUCCACGACUACUCCAACGAGCCCUUCACCCACCGCUCCGACGCCUUCUUCUUCCACGGCGGCAGUGAAGCCCUCUUCGCGAAAUCCUUCAUCAGGUUUGAAACGGUGACGUUUACCCGUCCGCGCGAAUCCGCGAGCGGGCACGAGAGAAUGCAGCAGAACACGGGUUUAGUGGAGGCCAUAGUCCUGGAGGUUCGGGAUCGGAAUCGGAUCGGAGGUUCGUACCUCAAAUCCGAUUUGAUUUGCUGCGAUCCGAAGCUGGCGAAGGAGCGGAACUGCAACCUCGGAGAAGUCAUCAUCCAGAAGAACCCCGACAACCUCGAAUUGCCGAAGCGCAUCAAAACCUUCUUCCAGGGAACCGAAGAACAGGUCCAGAUGGAGACGCAGAUCCUCGACAUCAACGCCACCGGGAUGUACUACCUUUACUUCAUGUUCUGCGACCCUUCCCUUAAGGGCACCACCAUUAAGGGAAGGACAGUGUGGCGGAACCCUAAAGGGUACCUGCCUGGGAAAAUGGCCCCUCUCAUGACCCUCUAUGGCUUCAUGUCUCUGGCCUAUCUUUUACUCGGUCUUUGCUGGUUUUUGAGGUUUGUUCAGUUUUGGAAGGACAUCAUUCACUUGCAUUAUCAUAUCACUGCUGUUAUUGCGCUUGGAAUGUGUGAGAUGGCUGUGUGGUAUUUCGAGUAUGUCAAUUUUAACUCCACUGGGACUAGGCCUAUGGGUAUUACCCUCUGGGCUGUCACCUUUACUUCCGUGAAGAAGACACUGUCACGGCUGCUGCUGUUGGUUGUCUCCAUGGGGUAUGGGGUUGUUCGCCCCACGCUCGGUGGGAACAGGAUUGCCUACAGAGUGCUGCUUCUUGGGAUGCUGUAUUUUGUUGCCUCUGAGGCACUGGAGCUUGUUGAGCAUUUGGGAAACAUCAAUGACUUCUCUGGGAAGACCAAGCUGAUUUUGGUGCUCCCUGUUGUUUGUCUUGACUCGUGCUUCAUUCUAUGGAUUUUCUCAUCGUUGUCCAAAACCUUGGAAAAACUUCAGACAAGGAGAAACUUGGCUAAACUGGAGCUCUACCGAAAGUUUACAAACACACUUGCGGUGUCUGUGCUACUGUCCAUUGCAUGGAUUGGCUUUGAGCUAUAUUUCAAUGCUACCGAUCCAUUGAGUGAGUUGUGGCAAAUCGCUUGGAUUAUUCCAACCUUCUGGUGUCUGCUCUCAUAUGCUCUCCUGCUGGUGAUAUGUGUCCUUUGGGCUCCUUCUCGGAACCCUACUAGAUAUGCAUACUUGGAGGAAACGGGAGAUGACUUUGAUGAGGAGGGUAUCUCUCUGACAAGCAGUGUAGCAAAGAUAACUGGGGAUGUGGCAGCCAAGCUUGAUCGGAAGACUGAUCUUACCUUUGGAGAAGAUCUUGAGGAAGAUAAGCGAGAAUAA